GUGCUGCUUUCGCACGAAGUUAGCACCUUAUCCGUGAUGUUUCUAGCUAUAGCCUGCGACAUUGUUUUACAUUUUAAUUUGGCAACGAUUAAAUUGAUUCCUUUGAUAUAAGAAAUGGAUUAGCUAGCUUCCCAACGGUAUCUGUCAGGACGGAUGAUCAACAACAGCAGCAUAAAAAAUAGGCCUACCGUUCGCUAGCUAAACCAUCAAAAUUAUCUCAUCGCAUUCACUGUCUUGACGCCAAUCAGUGAUGGAUUCCAAGCCUCGCCGGCUGCCCUUUACGGUGUCCAGCACCACGUCGUCUUAUUCUUCAUCCUCUUCCCCCUCCUCCCUGGGUUCCCUGGGAUCCAGCAGGCUCUAUGGAAGAUCCAGUGUCCUGAACAGUGAUCGAUUCACCAGGGCCACGCCCCUUAAACCUGACCUCGACCACCAGAGCUCUCGGUUCCUCAGCUCGACCAGGGACUACAGUAGUUCUGACAGCCGCCACUCCAGCUGGAAAUCCCCUCUGACUACCUCCUCUGUCUCCUACGAUCGCUCCUGGGCCGAGUCCUCACUGAGCAGCCGCAGCAAACUGACUGAUUCAGAGACAAGACUGGGGACGUACUCAGGACUUCUCAGCAACCCAACUGAUGAUGGGGAUACCAAACGGGCCAAACUGUCUUAUACCAACAGAGCUGCAUAUACAACAAGCCCCUCCUCCUCUGUGACUGGCUCCUCCUACUCCAGCAGUGUCCUCAACAGAGACUCAGAUUCGUCGUCGUGGAAGUCGUACCGGCCUCUGUCCAGGUCGUCGUCCUCUUCUUCUUCUUCCUCCUCCUCUUCCUCCUCAGAGCCCCUGUGGUCCAGAAGGGAGCUGGAGAAGAGGAGCGAGGGGAGGAGUCUGUCCAGUGUGGCUGAUAACACCAGCUAUAGGAGCUCCGGACUCACCUCAUCCCUUUACCGGCCAGACCGGGUGACCUCCACCUAUGCCCAGGGGGCCCGGCCCAAGGAGACCCUCUACUCCUCCUCUAGCAGGGAGAGCAGCUCCCUCAGCCGCCACCUCUCUUCCACCUACCAGCGCUCCCCACUGGCCCGGGACUACACCACCUCCACCUCCCGGGCCACCGGCUGCUCCCUGACCACCUCCACCCUCUGCACCGCCAAGGAGCCCACUGAGAGCCCAGAGCCCACUCUAGGAGUCUCCGCCCCCUCUCGUCCCUCUUGGUACACAACCCCCUCAGCAAGACGGGAGGCCCGGGACUCCAGCCCCCCUCCCUCCGCGCCAACCUCCACCCCCAGGACAACCCCGGAGGGUGGCGAGCCAUCCGAUGGACGUCGCUCCACCCGCCGCCUCCUCUCCCGUCUCUUCUCUCGGCGCUCCAGCCAGGACUCCAGCGGCUCCAGCUCUGGCUCCGCCUCCCGUUCCUUCGACUCGACCGAGGACAGCCCUGUCUCUGGAGGAGAAGGCCCCAGCCACGCACCCGUGGCUACCAGCGAGGAGAGCGUCCGACCCGUAAGCGUGGAGCCCGUUCCCAGAGGCUCUGACGCGGCCCAGGCCUUUGCCUUCCUGAGGCGUCGCAGACAGGGCCUGUCCCCGGUCCAGGAGGGCCAGGCCCAGCGUGCCCCGGAGCCCCAGCCUGGCCUGGAGGCCUGGAGAGGGGGCAGCACCAGUGGUGGUGUUGGAAGUUGUUCUUCAGGUUCCUCCUGGCUGUCAUCUUCCAUCCGGACCCGCUGCACUCCUCUCUUCUCCCGCCGUAGAAGAGAAGGACGGGACGAAAGCGCUCGUCUGGCGUCCGGUGCCGAUGAGGAUUACCGUGGUACCCAGUUCCCCCUCAGGAGUGAAGACACCCCCGAGGAAGAGGACGACGACGACGAAGGGGAAGGAGCGGUGGCGGCGGCAGCCUCGGGGGCGAUGGGUGCUAGCGCCGCCCUACAGGAGGAGUUGAGAGACAUGGCGGGGAGUAGUCAACGUUUGGCGAGGUUCAUGAGCAGCCCGCUGUUCCGUGUCCACGACAACGUCAUGAUCGCCGUGGACAUGACGGGCGCUGCCAGGAGCCAACCAGAGGGCCAGGAAAAGUCCACCUCCUCCAGAGACCCUGAGAGACUGAGGAAGAUCCAGGAGAGCCUGCUGUUGGAGGACUCUGACGAGGAGGAAGGGGACCUGUGUCGUAUUUGCCAAAUGGGUUUGGAGUCUCCCUCCAACCCUCUGAUCGAGCCCUGCCGCUGCACAGGCAGUCUGCAGUAUGUUCACCAGGAUUGCAUCAAGAAGUGGCUGCGUUCCAAAAUCAGCUCUGGCACUAAUCUGGAUGCCAUCACCACGUGUGAGCUGUGCAAAGAAAAGCUGCACCUGAACAUUGAGAACUUUGACGUCAACGAGCUACACAGGACACAUGAGCGGUCUGAGUAUGAGUUCAUCAGUUGUGGUCUUUACCUGGUGGUGUUGCUUCACCUGUGUGAGCAGAGGUUCUCUGAUGUGCUAGGAGCUGCCAACGACGCCGGGUUUUUCAACCUGGCGAGGACCCUUCAUGAACACAUGGACAAUCUUGAAAGCUCUUAUGGGGAGUCGGAUGAAGAGGAGGUGGUUGAUACCCGGCCGUCAAUCGAUUUCUGUGACCUCGAUGAAGACCUGGAAGAGGAGUACAAUUGAUCGGGGGGGGCGACAAGAGUUGAAGGAGUAACCUUCCAGUAGCAACCCAUUCUGUUGCUCUGUUUCACCUCAUGUGAUUUUUACUGAGUGCAAUGGCUUGUGGGAUUUUUGAAGCCAAUGCCAAGUGGACGGGAAGUCACUCCUGACGUAGAGGUAAUGAUGUCAUAGAUAUGCAGACUGACUUUGAAGUGAACCGAGGUGAGGAAAUGCUUUAUAUCCCCCUUAUUGUUAAUUUCCCCUUUAGGUCUCCAGAUUUGAGUGCGCUUUAUUCCGUUAAAAUGCAAGAUAUCUUUUUGAACUGUUAUACCACGAGUGCUUUAAAUGUUACUGCUCUAAAAAAGCAGAGCUGUCCACCGUGGUGAGAUAUUGUGUAAAAAAGAGAUGGAAUCCUGAACACCACUGGUUUGUUAGUUUAGCGGGUUGGGAGAAGGGAAAGGGCUGUUUCGGGGAGAAUCUAUCAAGAAGUGGCAAAUUAUCCCUUUUACUGUUUUACUGUUUUUCUUUUCCUAUGUGAAUUUUCCUUUUUUGAAGUUUUUCAAAAAAUAAUGUGAAAGAAAGUGUCAACUUUACUUUUCACAGCUGAAUAAUUGACAGUUUGUUCUGUUUUUCUUUGUCUUUUCAAUGUCUGUAGUAUGAAAAUGCUGUUUUGCUUCCCCCUGAAACUUGUUUUCAUUUAAUUAAUGCAAUAAAGUUUUGAAUGUACA